AUGAAUCAACAACAACAACCUCAGGCUGAGGCAGAUCAUGUCCUCCAAACACCACUCUGGAUAGUCAUUAUCCGUGGUCUUCAAUUUCUUGUCUCUCUCAUCAUUGUCGGCCUCUGCGGCUGGAUGAUCCAUGAUGCUGGACUACCAGAAAACUCCCUCUGCAUCGCCAUUGCAGUCCUCACAUGGAUAAUAGUCCUCUACACCGUCCUCACAGAAAAGAUCACCGGUCUUCGAAGCCUAUACCACAUCAUCGCCGUCCUCGCUCUCGAUGGCCUAAUGCUCGUUCUUUGGCUCUCAGCCUGGGCCGCUACAGCUGCUCGACGUGCGAGAUAUGUUGUUCCUGUAAACGUGGGUGGCUGUUAUGAUGAUGGAAGCCUGGUGGAUAGCAAGAACUGCAGUGUGUUCUUCAAGCGUGAUGGUGAGAAUGUCAUCCUCUUCAAGACUGGCCUGUCCGUAUUGGCCGCUAUUGCUGGCUUGGGCGCUAUGCUCUGGGUUUUCUUCAUUGUUACUUUUGUCUGGACUCUGGUUAUGUAUAUCAGAGGACGUAAGCAGGGUCGUUUCGCCGUGGAUCUCUCAGGCCCAACCAACAACUACCAAAUGGAGCCCAAGACCGAAGCCCAGGUCAAUGUCCAACCUCAACCCGUUCAGGCCGCGCCUCAAUACCAGCAACAGGCUGCUCCCGGCCAGUAUGCCCCUCAGCAACAACAGCAGCAAUACCCUCCUCAACCCACCACCUCCCCUUAUCAGCCUGCCCAAAGCCCGUAUCAGCAACAGGGCGCUUAUCCUCCCCCUGGAGCACCUUACGAGGUUCAAGGUCAGCAGAACUUUGGACAGCAAUACCAGCAGCCUCCUGUUGCUACGUCGCCACCUCCUCAGCAGCCUUAUCCCGCCCAGGGCUACCCUCAGCAGUAG